AUGUCUGUGGUGCACCAUUUGCCCCAUGGGUGGUUACUGGAUCAUCUUUCUUUCAUUAACAACGUAAACUAUCAGCUUGACCAGCAUCAAGAACCUUGCUGUAGGAGAAACAAGCCCACUUCUCCUGUCUCCCCGGACUCUCUUGAGCUGGGUCCCACGCCUCCUUUGGGAGCUCCCGCUACAUGCUCUGCCUCUGAUGCUGCUGCUGUGCCAGCCAACGAGGACGGAGGAAGCCGUGAAAUGAUCACCCAAAAAUACGUUUUCCGAUCUGAGCUAUUCAGUGUCAGCAAACCUCACAUAACUUCAGCUGUUCACAGAGGAUGCCAGCAAAGUAAGAAAAAGGACAAUCCAGUGGCUGGCGGCCAACAAGACAUCUCCAUUUCUGUUGGGAAGAAGCGUAAAAGGUGUAUUGCUUUCAAUCAAGGUGAACUGGAUGCCAUGGAGCACCAUACAAAGAUCAGAGAGCUGAUUUUGGAUGGAUCUUCACAGUUAAUCCAAGAAGGUCUCAAAAGUGGUUUCCUUUAUCCACUUGUUGAAAAACAGGAUGGAAGUAGUGGACGCACCACUUUACCGCUUGAUGCCUGCAAUUUGUCAGAAAUCUGUGAGAUGGCAAAGCACUUGCCUUUGAAUGAAAUGGAGCUUCAGACGCUGCAGCUGAUGGACGAUGAUAUGUCUAUUUCAGAGCUGGAUUUAUCCUCACAGGUCAUUGAAAACAACUCCAGCUUUUCUAAAAUGAUUACUUUAAUGGGACAGAAAUACCUGUUGCCACCAAAAAGCAGCUUUCUUUUGUCUGACGUUUCUUGUAUGCAGCCCCUUCUUAACUGUAAUAAGACAUUUGAUGUAAUUGUCAUCGAUCCACCAUGGGAGAAUAAAUCGGUUAAAAGAAGUAACAGGUACAGUUGUUUAUCACCACAGCAGAUAAAGCGAAUGCCUGUCCCUAAGCUGGCUGCUGCCGACUGUCUUGUUGCUACGUGGGUGACCAACAGGCAGAAGCACCUGUGUUUCGUGAAGGAGGAGCUCUAUCCUUCGUGGUCUGUGGAAGUCAUUGCAGAGUGGUACUGGGUGAAAAUCACAAAUUCAGGAGAGUUCGUGUUUCCAUUGGAUUCUCCACACAAAAAGCCUUAUGAAUGUCUUGUGCUGGGUAGAGUUCGAGAAAAAAAUGCUUUAGCAUUAAGGAGCGCAGAUGUGAAAGUGUCCCCUGUCCCAGAUCGGAGGCUGAUUGUCAGUGUGCCCUGUGCUCUUCACUCACACAAGCCGCCUCUUGCUGAAGUUCUGAAAGACUACAUCAGGCCGGGGGCACAGGGUUUGGAAUUAUUUGCUCGAAAUUUACUGCCGGGUUGGAUGAGUUGGGGCAACGAAGUCCUCAAGUUUCAGCACGUGGAUUAUUUCGUUGCUGUGGAGUCCGGACGCUGACUGUACACGUUGUGCAGUCUUUACCGCAGCUCCUUCCUUUAGACUCAUUUCCUCUUGUACCUGUCAGUGUACUUAGACAUACGAACUUUUAUACCAAUCAGUGUGCUUAGAGUUGUAAACUUUAUACCAACCAGUGUGCUUAGAAAUAUACGUACAUCUUCCACGGCCCUUUGCAGUGAGUCCCCUCCUUCCACCCCUGACCUCUGGAAAACAGUGAUUUGUUUUAUCACAUGAGUUUCUCCUUUCUAGAAAUUUCUACAUGUGGGAUCAUAUGGUGGGGAAACUGUUGUGUCUGGCUUCUCUCACUUAGCGUUUAGAAACAGCAUUGGUACUGUUUAUAAGCUGCU